AUGGGUCUUGAGGCGUUGCGUAAGAAACGGGUUGAGCGGUUGAACCUCCCCCCCUCGCCCCCCUCAAUCUCAGACUACGCCCUCGUCCGCCGUCAAUUCCACAUCUUCGAACGAGCACUUAAGAAGUUCCAAGCGGACGUGGGAUUGUGGGUGCAAUACAUACAGCUGGCGAAGAGGGAGGGCGCGAGGGCGUUGGUUGGGAGGAUUACGGCUAGGUAUGUUUGUAGUCUACACUUCUUCCACACACCCACUCUGUUACCAAAACUGUUGCUCCAACUGAAACUGAACCUGCUACGCGUGAAUCAUCAACAGAGCCCUCCAACUCCACCCAACCCACCCCCCCCUCUACAUCCUCGCCGCCUCCCACGAACUCUCCUCCCUCUCCCCCUCCGCCGCACGCACGCUCCUGCAGCGCGGGAUCCGGCUGAACGGGGAGAGCGUGGAGAUGUGGAGGGAGUAUGUGAGGAUGGAGAUGGGGUUUGUGGAGGGGAUGAGGAGGAGGUGGGGGGUUUUGGGGAUUCGAGUUGGGGGUGGAGGUGGAGGUGA